AUGGAUUUGUUAAAAACUCCCUCAACACAGUCAUUACUAGAUUCUGACUUAGAAUCAGUUGAAAGUCUUCAGUAUGUGGAUUUUGAAGAGCUGGAUGAAGUAGAAUAUGCUUUACCUGCAAGUGAAGCUCCAACUUUAGCAGAACUUUUAUCUUCAGAAGAAUUGGAAAAUGAAAAUGAACAUAAAUUACCUAUAAAAAUAAAAACUUUUGAGGAACCUACAAUAUGUUCUGCAUUACAAGUUGAUUUUUUACAGGCCGUUUCGCAGCAAUUGACCCAAGCACAAGAACGAUCAUCAGCUGGUGCUGCUACUACAUUAAGUAUCGGGUCAAAUGGGAGACUCACUGUAGGGACAGCACAUGGACAUCUGUUAUCGUUUUAUGAGCAAACAUUACGAUGGGUCUGUGAUGCACAUGGUGAGAACGGUGCAGUUACAUGCUUGUCAUAUAACCAUGACAGCACUCGUCUAUUAGCGGGCUUCGCUCGAGGGCUUGUAUAUCAAUAUGAAAGUAUACGUGGUAUAAUUCUCCGGCGGGUAGUGCUUGGGGGGGAAAUAUGGGGUACAUUAAGAGUCACAUGGGCUGGCACAUCUGGACUAGCACUCGACACCGGAGGGUCUGUGUGGCUCAUAAAAUUUUCUCGACCCUUGGGAGUACGUUCAGCUAAAGUAUCCUGCCUGUUUUCGGGUGCUAGAGGCGAAGUAGUGGCUAUGACAGCUCGCGAUGCAAGAAUCUUGGCUUUAGCAACUUUGUCAAGAGUUAUUAUAGUAGCUGGUGGCAAGGCAGCUGGAGUACGCCUAGAUGGUCCUCCAGAUGUACUCCCGGUUCUCGAGUGGUGCGAAAUGGACCAUAGGAUACUAGUGUGCGCCCGCGGCAACGUCAUGCAAUGGCUUACUGUGACGUUAAAUGGAUCUUCAAUAAAUCUUCGACCAGUACAACGUGUUGAGCUCAAAGCAACACCUAUAUGGCUCGGGUGGCUAGGUGGUAGCCUUGCAAUAUUUGAUUCUAACGAAAAUCUUCGUCUUUGGGGUGAUGAUUAUGACAAGCCAUUGGACCUAUCACAAAUAGAACCUGUUUAUUCGUCUGCUUUUUUCAAGGGACAUUGGACAGAUGGCAGAGUAUCACGCGCAAUGUGCAAGGCGGGAGAAAGUGCUUUAGGCGGCGCCUGUAUAUCGGAAGGAACGUUGGCACUUUUAGGUUGCCGAGGAGUAGUUCGCGUUAAGCCACGGGACCUCAUUGCCAGAGCCCAAGCAUUUAUAACCUCAGGGCGCUAUAUACAAGCUUUAAGAUUACUCUGCUCUGCCCAAGGUCCAGAUGCAAAAAAAAUGGCAAGUGAAUUUAUAGAGACCUUAGCAGAUAGACCGCAUAUACUUAGUAACAAAAAUGUUGCUGUUCAAGUUGUAAAGUUAUGCCUGAAAUAUGAAAUGAGUGAUGAAUUAUGGAGUUGUCUUUGGGAGAAUUGUUCAGAAGAGCAAGCUUUUGUGGAGGCUUUAGGUGAUGCCGCAGUUCGCGGCGAACUUUCGAAUACUCCACCCUCGCCUGACUUCACUCAGGCACUAAUAGAGAAAUUAGCCACGUUUGAACCGGACUUGGUGGAGCGCGUAGUGGCGUCACUCCCACUCACGUCCUUAGACCCUCACCGUGCCAGUAUGUUUACACGGGAAAAAGGCUUGUGGCGGGGAGUGGGGGCCAUUGCUGCUGCUUUAGACGGCUGCACGGGCGCGAUGCGCGAGCUCGUGUCGUUCGUGUCGCCGGCGUGCGCGGGCGCGGGGGGCGCGAGCUGCGGCUGCGCGGGCAGCGCGCUGCUGCUGGCGGCGGCCGACGCGCUGGCGGGGCGCGGCGCCGGUGGCCGCGCGCUGCCCGCGCACGCGCGUCCCUCCGCGCGCCACGACGCGCUGCACGCCCUGCUCACUGAAGAGGGCGGGCGGUCGCCGCUGCGUGCGCUGGUGCGGCACGAUGCGGGCGCGGCGGCGCGGCUGCUGGAGCAGUGCGCGCGCGACCCGCCCUUCGCCGGCCCGCUCGGCAAGCAGAACCGCCUGCGCGUGGCGCGCGCCCUGCUCGCCUGCAUGCCCGACUUGCAGCCUACAGGACUUUUGUUCUUGGUCCUUCGAUUCGGAACGGCAAGGCGUGUUUUUUGUGAUAUUUGCCGCGUCAGUGGUAUAGUAGUACCACCCGUGUCGUCACUACUGGCAGUGGAUCGCUGUUCAGAACAUCCCACCAGCGAGGCGCCACGAGCGGCGCCAAGGCAGUGGAGGAGCCGGGUGUCUACAACCCGGAGGAGCGACGGGCGAGAAGUGGCAAGCAGCAGCGGUAGAGGUUGCGGAGCGCUAGAAGGCGCUACAGGUGCAUUAAAGCGAAGACAAGUGACGUCGGAUAGUUAUCAAGUUGCGUGGGAGAAAUUAGAUAGUAUGUACAAUAAGAAAAGGUUUUUGGCGAACGGCAUCUUGAAGCGUCUACUAAGUCAAAAAAGUUUGUUGUCUGAAUCCGCAUCUGAAAUUAAAAACUUAAUUAGUACAACUUCAGAUUGUUUAGAAUCAAUAAAAAAUAUUGGUGUGGAUGUUUCAUCUUGGGAUAUCCUGAUUAUCCACAUUAUAAGCGCUAAAUUAGAUAAAGAUACGCGAAAGGCAUGGGAGUUAAAAGUAUCUUCAGAUCCAAGUGACGAAUUACCCACGUUUCAACAAUUUUCCAACUUUUUAAUAGGGCGUUUUAGAGGUCUAGAAAAUAUCGAUUCUAAGGGUUUUAUUAGAUCAGGGGUCGCAAGGUUCUUUUAUUACGAGGCCAUGGUGCAGCACUUAGGUUUAAAAAGGCUUGCGGUCCAAAAUACCGUAGUUGGUGUAGGUAGAGAUAAAAGUGUGACUUCCAAGUUCACAGUCAAAAUUAAUUUAAGGUCGAGAGUUGAUCCUAGGUUUCAAGUUAAGGUUAAUGCACAUGUCUUGAAGUCAGUUACGUCUCUUCUCCCAGUUGCGAAGGCAACUAGGGUAAAAUGGGAAGACCUGACUCUGGGUGAUCUAGCUAACCCUGAGUAUCAUACGCCUAAUAAGAUUGAUAUCUUAUUAGGCGCGGAGAUAUACAGUCAAAUUAUUCAGGAAGGCAUUAAAAGAAACCUCAACGGAUCUCUCUUAGCGCAGGAUUCUGCUUUCGGUUGGAUAAUAUCUGGUGUCUGUGAGGUAGAUAGCACGUCAAAUAUCCAUUCUCACACAAUUGUGAUGCAUUCGUAUCUAGAAGUGGACAACAUGCUGAAGAGGUUUUGGGAACUCGAAGCUGAACCACCUGUAACAAAAAAAAUGCUCACAGACGAUGAAAGUAAAUGUGAGAAA